CUUUAUUUUUUCAUGUUUUUUAAAAUCUGAAAUUAUUCCAUAAAACUACCAUUAAUUGCUCAGUAUUCUUCCUGAUAAGGUGCAGAAAACAUUGGCCCCCACCUUCACCGCCACGGUCCAAGCAGAGUUCUCAGGGCAGCAUCCUGCUGGCCUCCUGCCUCGUGCUGACUCAGUGUUUGGUUGGAGGAAGAGGAGAAAGAGGAGGAAGAGGAGGAAGAGGAGGCUGCCCCACCUGGCUUUCACUCUGCAUCCCAUUUCAGACAGCUGCUCUCUGCAAACCACCUGACCUACAUCUUCUCUCAUGUUGCAUGCUCAUCAGAAAAUGUUCAAAGAGGAGAUAAAAGGAGGAGGGAUGAGAGAAAAAAACUUUAGAGGAAACAAACGCUGCAUGGGAAAAUAAAAAAAGAAAAAGUGAAGAUGCUGUGCGGGAAUGAGAUGUUGAGCUAUGAGAGGAGGGGAGGAAAAAAGGGGGAGGAGGAAGAUGAAGUUGCCUGGCACCGCCUGCCAGAUUCACAUCUCACUGAUUUAUCACAUCGUCGCAUCUUCUCCCCAAACUCCCCCUCCCUCCCUCCCUUCCUCCCGGCUCGGUCGGACAGGGAAUCCGCGCUGUUGACAUCUCGCAGAGGGAUCUGCCUCCUCACUGAUGCUGCAGAGAGACCCCCCUCAUCUGAUCUGAUCUCUUAUCGCCGUCUCUUUUGUCUUCCCCGCGCGCGCAGCUGGCUGUCGGUGGCGUGGAUGGCUGCUGCGCUCACCGGACCCGACUGAAUUCUUUUGAUUUGAGAAUAACAAACUCCUCUCCUCAUCAUUUUAAUCUGCCUCUGAAACUAAAAAAGCAACGAUGACAGACCCGGUCACCCAGGAGCCCGACCCCGUCCCGGAGCCCAUGGUUGUGGAUCCGUGCCCGGCCACAGUGCGGAACGGCCAGUGCGCCGCCGAUGGCAUCAGCAACCACCAGCAGCAGCAAGCCAAGACCCCCACGGAGUCGGGCUCUUUCACCGUCAACCAGGAGAUGAAGAUCACCGACAGUGCGGAUGGAGAAGGUCUUCUGGAGAGCAGCCUGCGCCUGAAACCCCACGAGGCACAAGACUACAGGAAGAAAGCUCUCUGGGUUUCUUGGAUCUCCAUUGUGGUCACACUCAUACUGGCAGUGGCAGCUUUUACUGUAUCCUUCAUGCGUCACAGUGCGUCCGCCUUCGGAUUUGCGUUUGAUGCCACUCUGGAUGUCAUGUCAUCUGCCAUUGUCCUGUGGCGCUACAGCAAUGCAGCAGCCGUGCACUCCGCACACAGAGAGUACAUAGCGUGCGUCAUUCUGGGGGUUGUGUUUGUCCUGUCCUCCAUGUGCAUCCUGGGAAAAGCCAUCCACGAUCUGGCAACCAGGGUGCCUCCAGAAGUGGGUUCAACUCUCUGGUCGGAGCCAUCAUGGGUUUCUCCAUUCUCAUAAGUGCUGAAGUCUUCCACCAACACCCUGAUGUCUGGUUUCUGGACGGCACCAUUGGAGUUCUUAUUGGUCUCAUCAUUCUGGCUUAUGGGGUCAAGCUCCUGAGGGACAUGGUUCCCCGUGUGAGGCAGACGAGAAACUACGAACGCUUUGAAUAAACGACCGAUGAGAGGA